AUACCCAUCUGUGCAAAGGACAUCAGUGAUGAUCUGAUGAAAGAGUUUGCUUUUCUGUCUGGUGGAAGAGGGAAGGACAAGGCUUGGAUCAUCACCCUCCCUGACAACGCUCGCUUCAACGAGGUGCCCGAGGAGAACGUGGCCAGAGUCUUGACGUACCUGACCUCAGUGCCCAGUCAACAUGAGUCUGACACUAAAUUUAUCCUAAUCCUGGAUAGAAGACUGGACACAUGGACAUCUGUCAAAACAACUCUCCAAAAAAUAGCAGCGUCCUUCCCAGGGAACCUGCACUUGGUGAUGGUUCUCCGUCCCACCGGCUUUUUCCAGCGCACCUUCACUGACAUUGGAUUUCGGUUCAGUCAGGAGGAUUUCCUGCUCAAGUUACCGGUGGUGAUGCUGAGCUCGGUGAGUGACCUGCUGACCUACAUCGAUGAGCAGCAGCUGACCCCGGAGCUCGGGGGCACCCUGGAGUACUGCCACAGCGAGUGGGUCAUCUUCAGGACGGCCAUCGAGAGUUUUGCGCUGACGGUGAAGGAAAUUGCCCAGAUGUUGCAGUGCUUUGGCACGGAGCUGGCAGAGACGGAGCUGCCGGAGGACAUGUACUCCAUCGAGCGCAUGCUGGCCCUGCGCACCGAGAGGUACUGCCAGCUCAAGGAAGAUAUUACAGCAGUCACCAAAGAGGGAAACUUGCUUUUGAGCAGUUUUGAAGAGCCUGACUCCGGGGAAUGCAGUCAGGACCAGCAGCAAGAGAGGCCUGGGGACUGGGAGACUGUCAAUCGGUUGCUUGGUCAGCUGCGUGAGAUGGAGACUGCUUUUGAUGGCUUCUGGGAAAAACAUCAGUUAAAAAUGGAGCAAUAUUUACAACUCUGGAAGUUUGAGCAAAGUUUUCAAGAGGUCAAGAACGCCAUUGAAUUUUUAAUGGGUCAGCAAGCAGAGCUGCCCGACACUGGCGACAGCAUCCCCCAGGUGAAACAGAGGCUCAAGGACUUGGAUCAUUUCGAUGGCAUGGCUCAGGAUCUGAUAGGGAAGGCUCAGGUGGUGAUACUGCACGGCCACCAGCUCGCAGCCAACCAUCACUACGCACUCAACCUGAUCUGCCAGCAGUGCAACGAGCUGCGGCACCACUGCGACCUCCUGGCUGAUGAGAUCAAAAGGAAGCAGAUGCACCUGCAGAAGACCUUGGACCUUCACACCCGCCUUCAGCAGGCUCUGCAGUGCUGUGAUGAAGGUGCCUACCUGCUCGCCAACCAGCAGAUGGAUAAGUGCCAGUCUAAGGAAGGCGCUCAGAAAGCACUCCAGGACAUAGAAAGAUUUCUUGAAAGCUCUUCAGCCUACUUAAACUAUGAUCCCCAAGCCCUACACUACGAUUUUGAGUCAGUCUUAACAUCUGAGUUGAAGUGCCAGAUCCAGUCAGUGCAGGUGAAGCUGGAGAACGUUCGCAGCAUGUUUGAGAACCGGCAGUCCUGCUUCAAGAAGCUGCUGGACAAACACGUGCGGCCCGUCCAGCUCGUGGCUCCUCGGCCAGAAAAUCCACCGAGAUCAAAGUCACCCUUAUUUUCUCCUAAACACGGUGUAGAUUUUAAUUCCAGUUUGAAAUUUUCAUUUGAUCUCUCUCUCCCUGGGAAGAAAACUUCAAGAAAAACUCCAAGUUCUCGCAAGAUCGAAGUCAUGCACGACUACCAGGAGAAGCGGAAUUCCUUGCAGUAUUUUAUUUCAGACAGUGAUGACAGCUUAGAUAUACUGAAAGGUCAUGUCAUAAAUGAGCUUAUAGAAACAGAGAGAGUGUAUGUGGAGGAACUCUUCACUGUUUUGACGGGCUACAGAGCUGAGAUGGAUAAUCCUGCCAUGCUCAUGCUCCUGCCCCCCGUGCUGAGGAACAGGAAGGACGUGCUCUUUGGAAACAUGCCCGAGAUCUAUGACUUCCACAACAAAAUUUUCCUGCACAGUUUGGAAAACUGCCUGGGAGCACCCGAGAGAGUGGGAUGUUGUUUCCUAGACAGGCGGGAGGAUUUCCAGAUGUAUGAGAAGUACUGCCAGAACAAGCCCCGCUCCGAGUCCCUGUGGAGGCAGUGCUCCGAGAGCGCCUUCUUCCAGGAAUGCCAAAGAAAAUUAGAACACAAACUGGGGCUGGAUUCCUAUCUGCUCAAACCAGUGCAGCGCCUGACAAAAUACCAGUUGCUUCUGAAGGAGCUGCUAAAGUACAGCACGAGCUGUGAUGGAGUUCAGGAACUUCAAGAAGCUCUGGUUGCGAUGCUGGAUUUGCUGAAGUCAGUCAAUGACUCCAUGCAUCAGAUUUCAAUCACAGGAUACGAUGGUGACCUGAGCGAACUGGGGAAGGUAUUGAUGCAGGGAUCUUUCAGUGUUUGGACAGGACACCGAAAAGGGCCAACAAAAAUGAAGGAUCUGGCCAGGUUCAAGCCCAUGCAGAGGCACCUGUUUCUGUAUGAGAAAGCCUUGGUCUUCUGCAAGAAGCGAGAGGAGCACGGAGAUGGAUAUGACAAAACCUCAUCUUACAGCUUUAAGCACUUUCUGAAAAUGAAUGCAGUUGGGAUAACUGAGAAUGUGAAAGGAGAUCAUCGGAAGUUUGAGAUCUGGUACAGCGGGCGAGAAGAGGUGUAUGUGGUGCAGGCCCAAACAGUAGAUCUGAAAAUGGCAUGGUUGAAUGAAAUAAGAAAAAUUUUGUUCAAGCAGCAAGAGCUUAUAAAAGUGGAGAAGCAGCAGCCUGGCUCGUGCUCGGAGCUCCCGCUGUCCUCGCAGCUGGGUGACAGGAAGCAGCAGAGAGCCUCCAUCAGCUCCGAAGAGAACGACUCGGAGCGCACCAGCCCGGUGAUGCUGGACAGUGGGCUGGUGUCCCCCCAGAACAAGCCCCACAGAAGCUGGCCAGGAAUGUCCCAGUCGCUGGAAAUCUGCGAGGGGCUGGAGGAGUGGUCGGGCCACCAGUACCUCUCCAACUGCUCGGACACUGAGGAGGAGGACGGGAACCAGCUGUCUCCAGGAAAAUACAAAGCCCUUGCAGACUGCAAGAGGAGAGGAUCAGAGGACCUGCUGGUGAAAAACGGGGAUGAAAUUCAGCUCUUGCAUGAAGAUGGUGAGGGACAGUGGUUGGUGAAAAACCUAAACAGAAGAAAAGAAGGCUGGAUUCCUGUCCACAGUCUGCAGAUAGUAGUCGGUGACUGCAGAUUUCGGAAUGCCAAAGUUGCAGAUGCUGCCCUGUGUAACACGAGAAAGUUUAGUUCCCCUUGA